AUGACCCAAGCCAAAGAUUUGACCCACUUGUUAUCGCAGGAAGCGCUCUCCAGAAACCCCUCCCGCCUCAAGUCUGCCUUCAAGUACUACAGCCAGGAAGGCAUGUCGUUUUUGGGAGGCGGCUUGCCUUUGCCUGACUACUUCCCGUUCGAUAAGAUUAUCGCCGAGGUGCCCACGCCAGGCUUUGCCAACGGCAUUGGCGCCAAAAUCACCGACGCCGACAAGACGGUCAUCGAGAUCAACAAGCGUGCCCACGACAACGACCCGCAAGACAAACACAUCGAGUUGGCCCGUUCGUUGCAGUACGGGUUCACCGAGGGCCACACCGAGCUCGUCGAGUUCUUGAAGGAACACACCAGGAUGAUCCACAACGUGCCAUACAAGAACUGGAACCUCAUCACCUCGGUGGGCAGUACUGAGGGCUGGGAAUCCACCUUGAGAACGUUUGUCAACCGAGGCGAUUCUAUCUUGGUGGAGGAGUACACCUUCGCGUCAGCAUUGGAAACUGCCCAUGCCCAAGGCAUCAACACCAUCCCGGUGCCAAUGGACAGUGAGGGCCUCAUUCCCGAUGCGCUUGCCACCGUGUUGGACGGCUGGACUGGUCCAAAGCCAAAGUUGUUGUACACCAUCUGUACCGGACAGAACCCUACCGGAUCCAGUUUGAGCACGGAAAGAAGACACCAGAUCUACGAGAUUGCCAAGAAGCACGACAUAUUGAUCAUCGAAGAUGAGCCCUACUACUUCUUGCAGAUGGAAACUUACACCCGCGACAAGGCGCUCAGAGAAAGCAAGAAGGUCCACUCGCACGAAGAGUUUGUCAAGGCCAUGGUUCCUUCGUUUAUCUCCAUCGACACCGAGGGUAGAGUCAUUAGAUUGGACUCGUUCUCCAAGGUGCUUGCUCCUGGAAUCAGAAUCGGCUGGAUCGUGGGCCAGGACAACUUGUUGGAAAGAUUCACCAGAUACCAUGAGGUUUCUAUCCAAAACCCUUCGGGUAUUGCCCAGUCCUUGACCAACGGUGUGUUGCAGAAAUGGGGCCAGCCUGGAUACUUGGACUGGUUGAUCGGAUUGAGAGCUGAGUACACCCACAAGAGAGACGUGGCUAUCGAUGCCAUGGUGGAAAACUUCCCAGAGGAAGUUGUUUCCUACGUCGCUCCAGUGGCUGGUAUGUUCUUUGCCUUCAACAUCGAUGCGUCCAAGCAUCCUAAGUUCGUCGAGCUCGGGAGUGACCCAUUGAAGAUUGAGCUGUUGAUCUACGAACAGGCCAUCAAGCAAGGGUCGUUGAUGAUUCCAGGCUCCUGGUUCAAGGCUGAUGGGCAAUCGAACCCUCCACAAAAGCACUUGGUCGAGAACCCCCGUACCAAAACCGAAUUCUUCUUCAGAGGUACUUACGCUGCCAUUCCUUUAGACGAGUUGAAGCGUGGUAUUGAGAAGUUCGGUAAGGCUAUCAAAAUAGAAUUUGGACUUAUUUAG